CCAUGUCAAAUUUGGAAUUCAACGAUCUUGAGAUUGGUAUAUCUCAGUUAUAAUCAUGCCAGGCUCAUCCCUCUGGCUCCUCCCACCCUCCUCCCACCCCCUCAACCUCCUCCUAACCUCCCUCAUCUCCAAAACAAACGCGCGCUUCAACUCUCCCUACACAUUCCUUCCCCACGUGACCCUGACCUCCGACAUCCCCUCCUCAGCCUACAGCUCUGACCCACAAGCAUGGCUGGACGAGCUGGCGAAGAACUUCCCGCCCGCUGCAGACGUCUCCGUGCAGUUCGAGAAGCUAGAGGUUGGCAGUAUCUUCGUUAAGAAGAUUACUGUACGCGUACGCAAGGACGGAGUGAGGGGGUUAGCGGAGACGGCACGGGGGGUGGUUGAAGCGGGAGAUGGGGAGGCGGAGAAGUGGGCAGAGGAGGCUUAUUUGCCGCAUCUGAGCUUGCUUUACUCGGCGAUCGAGGUCUCGGAUGAUGAGUUGAGGGAGAUGGAACGAGUAGUUGAGGAUGCAGGGGUAGAUUUGGAAGGGAAGGGAGAGAUGGGUGGGUGGGUUGGAGGACGAGUCGUAUUGGUGGAGACGGACAAGAAGAUUGAGGAGUGGGAGCCUAUUGCUGUGAAGGAUUUCUAGAAAUCAAGAUUACUGUGCACGGAAGAUGGCAUGGAAAGGGAGGGUAUAGGCAACUAAUUAACUAGCAGACGCAAACACAAGCUUUGGCACAGGAUAUUGUAUGUAAGUAUAUGCAUUUUUUUUUAUCAUUUGUAUCUCAUGCUACGUCGUGAACUUUUGUACUCGGUAUGUGAGUACUGAAUUGAUAUCGCUAAAGUAGUUAUCAAAACCGC